AUGGAUGCGUUUUUAAAAACUGGAAAGCUCUCCAAUCAACCGAAGGAAAGUGGAGCAUCCUCGGUUUCUGAGCCAUUACAACGAAAACGAGGUUCCUUAAUACCUUGGGUUGAAAAAUACCGUCCUAGAACAAUCAAUGAAGUUUCAUACCAAGAGGAAGUAGUUGCUGUGCUUCAGAAAUCUCUUCAAGGAGCUGAUCUUCCUAAUCUUUUGUUCUAUGGCCCUCCUGGUACUGGUAAAACUAGCACAAUAUUGGCAGCUGCUAGAGAACUGUUUGGUGACAUUUACAAGGAGAGAGUAAAUCUAUAUUCAUCUUACCAGGUACGGGAAAUACUGUCGUUAAAGCAGUUAGCGUUGUCGUUCUCUAAGAGGAAUGACCAGACAUGUGAACUACAGACCAUAAUUCGUGACAGGAAUACUAGUCGAAAUGAUUUCAAAUUUUAUGCUGACAGAUUGAUUCGUCUUGUUAUAGAGGAAAGCUUAAACCAGCUUCCCUAUUCACCUUGCACAGUUGUAACUCCUAUAGGAUUUCCAUAUGAUGGUUUGCAAUUUGAAAAGGGAAAUUGUGGGGUGUCCAUCGUCAGAAGUGGAGAAGCUAUGGAACAGGGACUUAGGGAUUGCUGUAGAUCAAUGAGAAUUGGGAAAAUUUUGAUUGACUCAGAUCAUGAUACCCAUGAAGCUAAAGUUGUUUAUGGUACGGGCAAUACUAUCGUUAAAGCAGUUAGCGUUCUAAAGGAUCAUUCGGUGCUGGAGGAAAAUAUUGUCCUUGCUAACCUUUUCUGUACUCCUCCAGCAACCCAAACAAUAGUAACAGCCUUUCCUCAGAUGAAAAUCUUGACUUCUGAGAUUCAUCCAGUUGCACCUAAUCACUUUGGACAGAAAUACUUCGGAACUGAUUAAAUACAAUUUAAUAAACAAA